AUGGCUGCUGUGGCAAGCGAUCACAGCAGCAAUGCUAGUAGCGAUCGUGAUGAAAGAGAGAAUGAAGACGAUGAGACGCGUACCGGGGAUGAAAUGGAAGAGCGUUUUCGGGUUGAUCGAAGAAAGCUGGAACAGAUGUUACAAGCUACUGACAAUGGUCCGAUAGAAUCGGGUGAAAAAUUCUUCAAAAAGAUCAUGGAAGAUACCUUGACGCAUAUCACUUGGCCUGCUAAAUUAAAAAUUGGCGCUAAGUCUAAAAAAGCCAACGUUGCUAAGCUUGACUUUGUUACUUGGGUCCAUGCAUUACAAAACAAUCCUUUCCACUGGCCACAGAUGGGUUGA